GCGCAUCUGACGUACUCUUUUAUCCCCAACAGCAUCGGACGUUUCAACCAUGCCUCUCGUCAGAAUCGAUAUCGUGAAAGGGGUGCGGUCACCCGAUCAAGUCAAGAAGCUUGCCGAUGUGGUUCAGCGGGUGUUGCUCGAUCAUUUCAAUGCUCCCCCUCGCGACCGUUACCAGAUCAUCACUCAGCACGAGGACUACGAGCUCAUUUGCGAGGACACAAAUCUAGGUCUUACGAGGUCUCGCGGAUUGGUGGUCAUUCAAAUCUUCCAACAAGGCCGGACUGAAGAGCAAAAGAAGACCACAUAUAAGCAUCUGUUUGAGAGUCUGUCUCGAUACUGCGGGGUGUCUGGAGACGAUCUUAUCAUCUCUUGUUUGGAGAACACACGGGCAGACUGGAGUUUUGGGAAUGGAGAGGCUCAGUUCUUGACAGGCCGUUUGUAAUAUCACGAGCAAAGCACUUUGGACAAGUUCAUGAUGUUAGUUCUUGCAUAUAGAAUAUACCGUCGAGGACAAGAUGCAGAGGACUUGUAAAUAGGUUAAGAAAGAUGGAGGGCGUCCUCGGACGCCGUUCGACAUGCAAAGCUG